AUGGCAAGGUCGGUCGAUUCAGCAAACCCGCUGUUCCCAAGCAAGCAUACCACAUUGACCGCAUCCAUUACCAAGGUCAUGGCUCUGAAGGGUGGGGGAAGCUUCAUCGACUAUGCACAGAUCGACAAAGCACCAGAGGAGAAGGCUCGUGGUAUCACUAUCAACUCGACACACGUCGAGUAUGAGACGGACAAACGCCACUAUGGUCACAUCGACUGCCCGGGACACGCCGAUUAUAUCAAGAACAUGAUCACUGGUGCUGCGCAGAUGGACGGCGGUAUCAUUGUCGUAUCUGCGACCGACGGACAAAUGCCGCAAACUCGUGAGCAUUUGCUCCUCGCCAAGCAAGUCGGCAUCAAAAAGCUUUGCGUGUUCAUCAACAAGAUUGAUGUGAUUGACGACCCAGAGAUGCUCGAAUUGGUUGAGAUGGAGAUCCGAGAGCUCUUGACGCAAUAUGGUUACGAUGGCGAGAACACCCCAAUUAUCAUGGGGUCGGCACUUGCUGCCCUCGAGGGUCGUGACAAGGAGAUUGGACAGGACAGAAUCGAGAAGCUUUUGCAAGCUUGUGAUGAGUGGCUGGAGGUACCACCACGUGACCUCGACAAGCCCUUCCUCCUCCCUAUUGAGGAUACCUUCUCGAUCGCUGGACGUGGCACCGUGUGCACCGGAAAGGCUGAGCGAGGCGUGAUUACCAAGAAUCAGGAAGUCGAAAUCGUUGGAAUGGGCGCGAAGAAUAUGAAGACCAUAGUUACUGGCAUUGAGAUGUUCCAUAAGGAGUUGGACCGCGGAGAAGCUGGAGAUGAUAUGGGUACUCUGCUUCGUGGUAUUAAGCGUGAGCAAGUACGACGAGGAAUGGUCAUUGCUGCCGUUGGUUCGAUCAAGUCGCACACCAAAUUCCUGGCACAAAUCUACGCUCUAACAAAGGACGAGGGUGGGCGGUAUGCACCGUUCCAUGAUGGAUAUCGACCUCAGCUCUUCAUCCGUACCGCCGAUGUGACUGCAACACUCAACUUCCCCGAGGGUACAGCGGAUGCACACGAAAAGAUGGUCGUCCCUGGCGACAACGUCGAGUUGGCCGUUUCCACGCAUACGGAUGUCGCGCUAGAAAUUGGUUCACGGUUCACAUUACGUGAGGGUGGCAAGACAAUCGGUACCGGUAUUGUCACCAAGAUCAUCGAAUAG